GUGCGCAUCGCGGAGGGCCGAAAGGCAGCGCUCUGUUUCCCUGAACUUUGGGUUUGAAUGGAAGAGCCAAUCAGAGGGCAGCUUAUUGCGUGGUGGAGGAGAAGUUGGGCUGCUAAUGUGGAGUCAACAUGAUGGGACCUCCGGGAAUGCCGCCUCACUUCCCACCAAUGGGAAUGCCACCGAUGGGCCAAAGGCCCCCUAACAUGGCUCCCAUGCCUCCAGGGAUGAUGCCCCCUAUGAUGCCCCCAAUGGGAGGUCCUCCAAUGGGUCAGAUGCCAGGCAUGAUGCCACCUAUGAUGCCCGGGAUGAUGAUGCCACCGCGUAUGCCAGCAGCAACUAUGCAACCAACAGGACCGCCUGGUGUUAGCCCGGCAGAUAAUGCAAAUGCUGCUCCAGGAACUACUAGUGCAGCAGCAAAUGACUCUUCCCCAGAUGACCAGCCUAAAAAGAAAUCAGUGUGGACGGAGCACAAGUCUCUGGACGGCAAGACCUACUACUACAACACAGAGACCAAGCAGUCUACAUGGGAGAAGCCAGAUGAACUCAAAUCACCCGCAGAGCAAAUGCUGUCUAAGUGCCCAUGGAAGGAGUACAAGUCUGACACUGGGAAGCCAUACUACUACAAUUCUCAGAGUAAAGAGUCUCGCUGGACAAAACCGAAAGAGCUGGAGGAUUUGGAAGCAAUGAUAAAAGCAGAGGAGAACGGGAACACAGACGUUGUAGCUCCUGGCACCGCGCCCCCUCUCGCAGCUCAGACAGACACAGCGGUCGCUAUGGCUGCUGUCGCCGAGGCUGAUGCUACCAUAGCAACGGCUGCUGCUGAAGAACAGCUCUCCCAGAUGCCCAUGCAGGGGGCUGAGGUUAGCAGUGAUGCCACCAUGACCUCAACGGAAGACACGCCCGUCAUCGAGACACCAGCCAGUAACGACUCCUCUAAAGAAGAGCGGCCGGAGCUGGUUAAGAAAGUAUACAAGUGGAACACCAAAGAGGAGGCGAAGCAGGCCUUCAAAGAACUGCUGAAGGAGAAGGGAGUCUCCUCAAAUGCUUCUUGGGAGCAGGCUAUGAAGCUGAUCAUCAAUGACCCUCGUUACAGUGCCCUGCCCAAGCUGAGUGAGAAGAAACAGGCCUUUAACGCCUACAAGGUUCAGACAGAGAAGGAGGAGAAAGAGGAGGCCAGGAUCAAAUACAAGGAGUCCAAAGAGACGUUCCAGCGCUUCCUGGAGAACCAUGAGAAAAUGACCUCCACCACCAGAUACAAGAAAGCGGAGCAGAUGUUUGGGGAUCAGGAGGUGUGGAGCUGUGUUCCAGAGAGAGACCGACUGGAGAUCUAUGAAGAUGUGCUUUUCUACUUGGCAAAGAAAGAGAAGGAGCAAGCAAAGCAGCUGAGGAAGAGGAACUGGGAGGCUCUAAAGAACAUUUUGGAUAACAUGGCCAACGUCACGUACCGCACCACCUGGUCUGAGGCUCAGCAGUACCUGCUGGACAAUCCCACGUUUGCUGAGGAUGAAGAGCUACAGAACAUGGACAAAGAGGAUGCUCUGAUCUGUUUCGAGGAGCAUAUCCGCGCUCUGGAGAAAGAGGAGGAAGAGGAGAAACAAAAGACUCUCCUGAGAGAGAGGCGAAGACAGCGCAAAAACAGGGAGUCUUUCCAGAAAUUUCUGGAUGAACUGCACGAUCAUGGACAGCUGCACUCCAUGUCAGCAUGGAUGGAGAUGUAUCCAACCAUCAGUGCAGACAUACGCUUCGCCAGUAUGCUGGGACAGCCAGGCUCUACACCUCUUGACUUAUUCAAGUUCUAUGUGGAGGAUCUAAAAGCACGGUACCACGAUGAGAAGAGAAUCAUCAAAGACAUCUUAAAGGAUAAGGGCUUUCUUGUGGAGAUCAGCACUAGCUUUGAGGAUUUUGGAUCAGUUAUCAGCUCGGAUAAGAGAGCCACCACACUGGACGCAGGGAACAUCAAACUGGCCUUUAACAGCUUACUGGAGAAGGCAGAGGCGCGAGAGAGGGAACGGGAGAAGGAAGAGGCCAGAAAGAUGAAGAGGAAAGAGGCGGCCUUCAAGAGCAUGCUGAAACAGGCCACACCCCCACUGGAGCCCGAAGCUUCGUGGGAAGGGGUGAGGGAGAGAUUCCUGAAGGAGGCUGCAUUUGAGGAUAUUACCCUGGAGUCUGAGCGAAAGAGGAUAUUUAAAGAUUUCAUGCAUGUCUUGGAGCAUGAGUGCCAGCAUCAUCACUCUAAGACCAAAAAGCACUCCAAGAAAUCCAAGAAGCACCACAGAAAGAGGUCCCGCUCUCGCUCGGGUUCUGAAUCUGAGGAUGAUGAAUACCACUCUAAAAAGAAGAAACGUUCAACCUCAAAAUCUCCAUCUGAGCACUCUUCCUCUGGAGAAUCCGAGAGGAGCUAUAAAAAGUCUAAGAAACACAAGAAGAAGGGAAAGAAGAGACGACACAAGUCGGCCUCCCCUGAAUCUGAUGGAGAAAAGGAUAGAAAGGGACGAGAGAAAGACAAAGAUAAAGAGAACGACAAGUCUCGAGGGAGAACUCGAGGUGAAUCCAAACAGAAAUCUCCCAAGAGGAAACCGGCUAAAGAAGAGGGUGGGUGGGAUACUUCAGGCAGUGAACUGAGUGAAGGAGAGCUGGAGAAGAGGAGGAGAACACUUCUGGAACAGUUAGAUGCACCAUAGAUAUCAUUUUAUUGUUUUUUUUUGUUUUGUUUUUUUUACCUUUCUCGUUCUGUUACUCGCACACAUUGGCUGACAUCGUCAAACAUGCAUUCCUUUUAAUGCCUAUAUCUGUAUCGCAACGCAUGCAGUUACUGAUGCUCUGCGUCAAGGAGAACUUCCCUCAAGCUUAGAGCGUCUGAGAGAAUGCGCUGAAUGAAUAUGGAGGGAAAAUUACCACCGACCUUCUUCAUACUUUCUCAGGAGAGCACUUCCACCACGUAGAGCUCAACUGAGCAAAUAAUGGACUCCAUUUAGUGUGUGGGGUGUUCUUUUACUGGCUCCAUGUUUUUGAUGCCUUUCUUCUUAGUCUUUUGUUAAAACUCAGUGUCUCAACUGUUUUUAAGUAGUUGUACAUUUGUUUUGUAAUUGCCAAUAGUUUGUCCUUAAAUUCAUUGUUUACAGCUGAAUUAAAAAUAUCAAACCUGA